AUGGCUCAGCAACCACUUCCGUCUCCUGGUACAGAGACCAACGAUGCUUUGGACCUGGCAUCCCAGGCUGUCGCUUCGAUGAACACCCAAGGUAGUGGGCCAAUACCCAACUCUCGUUGUAUCCCCGCUUAUCCCAUCAGUCGCAAAUCAUUCAACCAGCCCCGUGCGGUGCCACCUAUGAUGCCGUUGCCUUCCCACAACGCCAGUACGGCUCUCCCAUACCAUGGAGCCCCUCAGAAAGGCAUGAUUUCUGCGCAGCCUGGCGUCGCAGCCCGUCAGAGUCCCGACCCGGCCGAGCAAGGUGGCAGUCAUAACGAGCCAGAAGUCGAGAUUGCUCGUGAGAAUGAGCAGCAGGAUGUCGAGACACCCCGAGAAACUGAACCGGUCACCGCCGACGCGGCAAUCGCAGAGACACAGGACGAGGUCUCCUCUGAUAGCUUGUCAGACGCAGACGUGAGUGACGGACCUGAAUCUCGCAUUUCAGCCGAGUCUGAGGACGAUCUCGACCGUGCCGACAAAUACGCCUUCAGCUAUGGCGGUCAGGCCUACGACCACCGAGUCCCUCAGCACUUGACUGGUGGUACUAUCCUCUUUGCAAACAAGGUGACACAGGGCAUCACGAUCCUACAGCACCUUGAAUCGGCAGAAGGCAAUGUGUGCCCAAAACUCAUACCUCACGAUCAGGAGAUGAGGAAAACUUUCAAAGCGGUCGAGUGCAUCUGGGUUGGCAUGCUACCCAAGCCGCAAAGCAGCCACGAGCACGCUGCUUCCACUUCAGCACAGCCUGAGUCACGGGCUGAUGCCGCGUCUCCUGCUGCACAGGACGGCGGGGAUGACGCCGCCGAGCCGCAACUCGAUGGCACGUCCAAAGCCCCGAAGAAGGUUCAGAAGAGGGUCAAGAAAUGCCAGCCUAUCAUAGACCUCGAAGACGACCAGCUGGAAAUCGUCCCACACGCCCCCAAUGCGCUCCGCGUCGUCGCCAAGAAGCAGACCAAGACACUCAAGACCUGGCACCUCUACGCCUUGACUACUUCGGAAAACAACUCGAAGCUCUGCCAAGGCUGGAAGGUACAAUCUGACGAGGUAUUUUUCUUCAAAGCGUUCCGCGACGAUACCGCCCCAGGCGCCAUGAAGCGAAAGCAGGCCUCGGACGUCAAGAUCAAGGCAGUGAUCUUUCCACCCCAUGCUACUCCCGCUUUGGUCCCGCAGUCUCCUCCCCCAGAUGAGCGCUCGGCGAGCCAUGUCUCCGCUCCCGCGACUCCGACGCCUGGUGGCCUACCGAGCCCCAAACCUUCUGGGGGAAAGGGAAAGGCUGGCCGGACUAUGCGCGAUGUGACUGCGAAAGCGACUUCCAAGGCUGGAGAUGUGCUAGGCCAGGAUGGUGACGAUGCUGGAAGCCCAGUUGGCAGCGUUGAGGAUGACAGCGGUCCUGAGGCGGACAACCAGCUCACGGCUGGACAAGGGCCCAAAGAAGUCAGCACAGCCCGCCUGGAGACCACCCAGCCCGAGCGAAACGGUGCCGUUUACGACGAUGGCGACGAGGAUGCCUACCCCGAGCACGCUGUCUCUGCCACGAGCGACUCUUACAAGAACUUUCUCGACGAGAUGGUGCGCGAAUUUUCUGGCAUCGAGUCCAUUGUUGCGAAGAGAGGAGAGAAGAGAAAGAGAGUCGCUUUCGAGACCGGCUGCGACGAGGUUGCGAACACCCGCAGAAAGACUGGCGACCUCUCCAGAAGCAACGUGGACGCCCGGGGCAGCUUGGAGAGGGAAGGUUCAGCCUCGUUCGUGGUCCAGCAGCACACUGGCCACCUGGUCAGGAAGCUUACGAGCAUGAUCGACAAGAUGGCGGCGAAUCAAGAUGUCGCGGGUCUCCGCCAGUGCGUCACGAUGGUGGAGAGCAUCGAGAAACGCGGCUGUCCUGGCCCGACGAGCGCUCUCGCGCCUUACCUAAACAUCACCUCUAAGAAAGACGCAACCCCCCGAGCUUGUUGUGGAAAGCUGCGCGAGAUUUUGAAUCUAUUCCCCAAUCUCGAAAAUGUCGAUGUGGACAACCACGUCCUUACUUGCAUGAUCUCUGGCCUUCGGCUCACUGGUCAAUCGAUUGACAUCGGCCUCAUUGAGCCUUGCAUCAAAUCAUUCAGUCGCCUCUACGUACAAAAGUUCGGAGAGACAGCCAAUCACCCGACCACAAUGGCGAAGGCCGACCUUCUCAACAUGAUUUGUCAGGCGCGGGAUGACGCGGAGACGAUGGUCAAGAAGACCCCUCUCAACUCGGAGUCAAAGAUCGUUCAUGGUGAAUCCAAGAAGCCAUAA